AAUAAUCAAUAAAUAUUAGUAUCAUUAAUUAGUAGUAAAAUUUAUAGCUAUUAUUUCUAAUUAGGAUGAAUGAUAGAAAAGAUGUUAAUCAGCUGAUUAAAUAGUAGUGUGUGAGAAGAAUAUUUCUUUUAAUUAAGAGAUUAUCACAUAAAGCUUUAUUAGAAGGUUUGGUUAAUAUAUAAUAAUAUUCUAAACUGAAUUUUUCAAAAAAGGAGAAGGUUUUAUAGAAAUUGUCUGAAAUAGUGGAAUAUAAGCAUUAAAUUAAUAGAUUAAAACCUAGUUAUAUAAAAGUAAAUGAAAGCAUCAAGAAUUAUUUGAGUUAAGAAAGAGAAAAGCAAAAUAAAUUAUAAGGAAUACUAUCAAAAUUAGUAAACAAUCAAAGACUUAAACUAUCUAAAUUUUUUUAAAAAUGGAAGUUUUAGAACUAAAACUCAUUAGAUUUUUUUAAAAAAACAAUUAAUAAGUAAUAUCAAUAAUCCUAGUUAGGAAAUUUAGAAGUUUUUAGAAGAAUUGUCAAUUUUCAAAUUCUGAAAAAGAUAAGUACUGCUUAUUAUUAAAUUCUUUUGGUAUCUUAAAAUAACCAAAAAAACUAGAGAAGCCAACAACAUGUUGAACAAGUGACAAGAAUUAUAAAUAUACUUUUAAGAAAUAAACUACAGGAGUUAAAAAUAAUAGCUUUUAAUAAAUUAUGUAAGUAGCUCAGCAUAGGAAGACAAAAUGAAAUUACUUAAAAUUAAAAUGAAAACUAAUCUAUUCAGAACGAAUAAAGAAAUGUUCAUAAAUAAAUUUCAAUUUAAAAAAGAAGUGAUUUGUAAAAGUAAAUAGACAAAGCAAUCAUCAAAGAAUAAGCCUUGUUUGGAUAGAGAUAUUAGUAAAAAAUAGAUAAAACAUAUAAUAAAAUGAAUUAAAUAAAGCCCUAUUUUAGGUUGUUUACUCUUAUAAAUAAAUGGAAGCAUCAGAAUAUUCAAAAUGCUUUUAGUUUAUGGAGCUAACUUUUAAGUAAAUAAAGCAAAAAUGAAAAAUUCGAAUAUAAAAAAAUCUUAGACAAGGUGUAUAUGGAAGUGGAUGAACUUUAAAAGAAAAUAGAUUAGUUACAGCCAUAGAAUAACUAGAUUUCGCCUUUAGAAUUCAGCUAGCAUUCUAAUCCAGUUUUGAGAUAAACUUUUUCUCAAGAGAAGUUAGAAUUUUAAGAUAUGAUGUUUAUUUAAUCAAAUGGCAUGAAUUUAGCUAAUUAUUAGUACCCAAAUUUUUACCCUUAUAUGAUGGUUGAAGAGCACAACCCUCAUGAGCAGGAAAUGGAAAUAGAAGAAAAUAAUAUUUACACAUUAGAAAAGGAACUUUUCAUAAUUAAUAUGAGAAGGAAGCUAAUUCUUUCUUUAAUGGAAAAUAAGCAAAAACUCAGAUAAGACAUUUAGAACUAUUACUAUUAAGAGGGAUUCCCUCAAGACUAAAACUUUUACUCUUACAUAAUGUUUAAUAUAAAAGACAAAAUAGAAAAGCUAAAUUGCUCAAUAUAAGAAAUACAAAAUACUGAAUAUUUUGAUAGAUUUAGAAAAGAAUUGUUUGAAAAUGUCAAAGACAUAAGCAGUAGUUUAUACUAAAUCUGCAGAGAUGAAGAUUAUAACCCAAUACAAAUUAUUGAAUAUUUAAAAUAAAAAAAGGAUGAUUAAAUUAAUUUCUAAAACAAUAGUUAGAUUUUCAUGAUUUGAGUGAUUAACUGAUUGAUUAACUGGCUUUUUUUAUUAUCAAAAAUAUUCGAAAUUAAUAUUCACUAAAUUAUUUAUUUAUAUAUUUUAUCAAUAAAUG